AAACUUCAGUCUAGGCGGUAUUCAAACCUCCAGCUUGAAAACCGGGAUGUAUUUUCGGUAUCUGACUUUUGCAUUGGUCUUCGGGCUUCUUGAUGGUGUGGAAUUGGCUCGUCCACCCGGCAGGUUAGUUGAAGCUAAAACACGUUAAUAAGUGGUGAAAGCAUACAGUGCAUAUAAAACUAACCAAAAAUUUUCAAAAAGACCUUAGAUAGGUUUGAUGUUUGGUUGACAACUGGGGACCAGUCGAAGAAAUUAUCUCAAGGUACGUCUAUUGAUGAAAAUAGUGAACCAACAAAUGGAUUUUCCGUUAACAUCAACCCAACCACACGAUAUCAAACCAUGGAUGGUUUUGGUGCAGCGAUAACGAACGCCGCAGCAUACAACAUCUACAGUAGUCCGCAGCGGAGUCAGAUCAUUAACGAUCUCUUUGGCAAGGAUGGUAUUGGCAUCAGUUAUAUCCGCCUUACUAUGGGUGGGUCAGAUUUCCAAGCGGUCGCUCCCUAUACAUACAAUGAUAUGCCUUCUGGCGGAGAGGAUUUUGCGCUUAAUUUCUUCAGCAUUGACAAUGACCGUGAUUUCAUCAUCCCCGUCUUGAAAGAUGCUUUAGCCGCAAAUCCAACCUUGAAGAUUAUGGCGACUCCAUGGAGUGCACCUGCUUGGAUGAAAAACACUCGGAGUUUAAAUGGUGGGUUCCUACGGGAUGAAUGCAUGUCUGUCUAUGCUGACUAUUUCCUCCGGUUUGUCCAAGCGUAUGCCAGCGAAGGUAUCACGAUAAAUGCAAUAACUGUUCAAAAUGAACCACUGCACGAGAGCCAGGACUACCCAACCCAGCAUAUGUGGUGGCAGCAACAGAGUACCUUUGUUAGAGAACACCUAGGACCGCGUUUGUCCGCAACAUCCACCAAGAUAAUUGUUUACGAUCACAACUGGGACGAUACGGCGUUUACAACAGGAAUCUUGAAUGACCAAGGCACAAGAGCGUUCGUUGAUGGAUCAGCAUGGCAUUGUUAUGGGGGGAACCACGACAGUCCCGGUGGGGUGAGAAAUCAAUUCCCCGAUAAGAAUAUCUAUUUCACGGAAUGUUCAGGUGGUGAAUGGUCUCCGGAUUUCGGCAAUAAUCUUGUAUGGAACACAAGGUUGUUGUUUAUUGGUCAACCCAGAGUUUGGGCGAAAACUGUUUUGUUAUGGAAUAUGGCUCUAGACUCAAAUCACGGUCCAAAAGUAGGAGUUGGUGGGUGUUCGGAUUGUAGAGGAGUGAUCACGGUAGACCGGACAAGUUAUCAACGGGAGGUUGAAUAUUACCUGAUCGGACACUUCAGCAAGUUUGUUCCCACUGGAUCUGUUCGUAUUGACUCUUCAAACUUUGGUUGGGAUGAUGUACACACGGUUGCCUUUGAAGCCCCCGAUGGUGCUAUUGUAGCAGUGGUGUUGAAUCCAUCCAGCACAAAUACAGUAAACUUCAAUCUGAACCUCUCUGGAAGUACAUAUCAGUAUAACAACUUGCCACCAAAAUCUGUUGUCACUCUCAAAAUGUCUCCA